AUGCCUCCUCAGCCUACUUAUGAAGUUCACGAGAUGUUUGGUGGCUACACGGGAGGCCCAACUAGCCUUGCCGACUUGUUUUUUCGACUGGCGGACCUCUAUCCAGAUGUCCAGGUUACGAAGCAGUAUCUAGAAGGCGACAGAGGCGAAGUCAAGAUUACAACCAGAGUGGGAAUCAGCAGCGAGAAAUUGGCCCGGGACGCACUCACAGCCUGCUUGAGCAAAGACGAGAACGAUGUCAAGGCCUCGUUGUCCAACAUGCCGACUGUGCUUGGCCCCAAAUCAGACUUGAAGCAGGAUCAAUAUGGGUCAGGAUUUUGGGAAGGCAGGGCUCACACGCUCUCUUCCAUGAGGCUGAUGCGCCACUAUAUCCCAGAGAGCGCCGCUCUUCUCGAAGGCUUUGUGCCGUGCUCGAUCUCCAGACCGAUGGGAACUGGCCCAGAAAUGUCGCACCUGCUGGCGAUGACGAUCCAUUCUUAA